GAAGCGAGCGCUGGGUCCCGGGGAGCUGCUCGGUAGCGGGGGCACGUCGCCGUCGGAGGGAUGCAGAGCCUCGCAGGGCAGAGCGGGAGCGAAUGGUCCCACCGGCCUCCGCCCCGCGGGGAGAGGCCGCAGCUGAGGUGGAGGCGCGGCCGCCACCGUCUAUCCAAGUCAGAGUCAGACCUGAGGGAUGUAGGCCCCGACCCGGCUGGGGCCCAGCUAGCCCUGGGCGGCGCUUGGCCUGCGGAUCCCUCCAGGAAACGGGGCUCAGCACGGGACUGCCUGGUGCUGAUGGAUACCAGGAACCGCGAUCCGGAGCCGGGACGAGGCACAGGAGGGGAAAUGGAGCAGCUCCUGGGGUCAGGGCCCGGCGCCGGGACCCUAAAGGCCAGCUGGAGACAGACCACGUGGGGCCUCUGCUCACACCUCUGGUUCUGGAGACGGGUUGCUGGAAUUUUGAUUGCUGUUUCUGCGAUUGUCCUCUUGAUGUGGUUUAGCUUGCGUCUUCCCAGAUUGCCUCACCAGGAGCCAUGCCAUGAUGACUGGCUAUACUACAGAAAGAAAUGUUAUUACCUCUCAGAAGAUCAAGCAGACUGGGACUCCAGUCAGAGCUUCUGCUCUGCACAUGGGGCUUCUCUUGCUGUGAUUGAAAGCCAACAAGAAAUGAAUUUCAUAAUGAAUCGAAUGCAUACAAGAGACUCUUGGAUUGGGCUGCGCAAGAAAGGAGCCAAGUUCUACUGGGUGAAUGGAGAGACACUUAAUACGAGUCUAUUUCCUGUACACCUAUCAGGUCAUGAAGAAUGUGCCCACACAGAUUCAAUCUCCAUUUCUACAUCAGAGUGCAGGUUACUCAGGAAUUGGCUCUGCAGUGUGGGUCUGCCUCAGUCCAGCACACUUUCUCCAUAGAACACAGCUUGAUGUGUAAAUCCAUGGACUUUCUUCACAUGUGGAUCACUAGCCUGUAGUCCACAAUAUCUGAACAUUUUGAAAUUCAGGAUCACAGUAGCAGCAGAGAAAACAAAGCCAUUGUGGGAGGGUUCAUGAAUGCACAUCUUCAGUACCAGCUGGAUACUGAUAAAUAGAACAAUCAUCCCUACAUGGAGAAGAGUGAUAAUUCCUACAGGAAGCUGGUAGGGUCAGGGGAAAGCUUUGGCUGAUAUAGUGAUAGCAAUUGUAGCAGACUUCAGUGAGUGGACAGGACAUUGACAGGCUGACAACUCAAGAACAGAUGACAGAUUUCAUUUCCAUAGGCCUUAUCACCAUUUAGGUGAAGGGUAAGCUUGAGUCGUUUCAGCCCAAGGGAUAUAUUUACCCCCAGAAAACAAACAUUUGAGAACAAACAUAGCUAAGCACUGCUGUUAUGAUAUUACUGUAAAAUUUGCCAGGAAAACCUUGGCUGAACCAGUUGCUUGUUCUUGUUACACCCUUCAAAUGUAAACAAUUGCUAGUUCAGAAAAAAAACAAAACUGUGCUCUGUCUCUGUCUGAUUUCAGCACUGAAACAGAACAAAGUGUUUGACUUAACCAUGUUAAACUUAUUUAUUAGAAUAUGUGUGUGAGCCAAAUUCUCCUUUUAGUGAAACCAGUGUAAAUCCAGAAUCAUUCCACUGCAUAAGCAGGAAUGGUGUCCCUAGCCUCUGUUUACCAAGAGCUGGGAUUGGGUGACAGGGCAUGGAUCACUUGAUGAUAACCCGUCUGUUCAUU